AUGGUAGGCUCUGUGCUGGGUGCUUUUGGAAAGUCGAGAAUCCCACAAUCAAACCAAUCAGAUAGAUCAGCAGACGGGGAGCGAAAGACUUUAUUUCUCCGUGGUGGUUGGAACAAACAAUUCAGACCCUCCAAAGCCACAUGUCGCGUCUGUUUGCAUGAUUAUGAAAAUGAAGAAGGCCUAACAAAGCACAUAGAAGAAUUCCAUGUUCCUGAGACGCGAAAACGCGUACAACAUCUCGCAGAUGUUGGAGAAAUGCAACUAAAACUUACUGACAUGAAACACCAAUGGUGUGUUACAUCGCUUCAGGUGCACAUAAUAGUUGCGCAUGGAGGGAAGUCUUGGUGUAACUGCGGUCUUUGCGACCAGCAAUUUUGUGAACCGAAUCAAUGUCUCCCCGCCUUUUUGACAGUCGGGCCCGUUGUGACCAUUACCGAGGAUGAGAACCAGAGCAAGUGGGAGCCUCCUGAGGAGGUAAUCAGUACCUUCACGGAACCCCCUUCGGUUGAGAGGUUUCCUGCUUUCGAGGAGGAUCUCGAUGUCCUCUACUCGUUCUAUGAGGCGAAACUGCCUAUUGUUACUCUCUGUCGCAUCCUCGACUGCCACGAGGCUAAGCAUCAAAUCACUCUGCAGUCUCCCUUGAGGUUCCCCUUCCUUCCCGUUAAAUUGAUUACUCAGCUCCUCGAGAGUAGAGGGCAUCAGGGCAAGCAAAUUUUCGAUUGGCUUUCAGUUAUAUCUGAUCAGUCUCUAAUGUUGGACAUAAAACCCUUCAUUUAUGAUGAUCCAAACUCUAAAAAGGAUGGCAAGGGUAAAAUCACCUUUCGGCUGAACCCUGGGGAAGAUCCGCUCUCGCAAGAAGGGGUAGAAAUGGGUAAACGCUUGCUAGAGGCUAUGGUGUUAAAUAUCAUAGGAUUGGUGCAGAGGAGCAACUCUGAUGUUGAGGAGGAGGCCAUCAUGAUGGAACCAGAGCAAAAAGUCUCAGAAACGUCACAAAACACCAGCGAUGCUUCCAUACACAGCCCAACUAAGGGUAGUACGUCUACGGAGGCGGUAGCCACUGUUCAAAAGAGCAGUCUGCCUCACAAGUUGAUCAAACUCUUUACCCGAAUUGGCGAGCACAAUGUAGCUGUACAUCAGGAGAAGGACUUUAUCGAAAAAGUUUAA